CAGCCAACAUCGCCAACCCUGAAACACCAAUCCCAACUCGUCGCCCCAGAAGCCGAUAAGCGUCUUUUGAUCUGUGUUUCCCGAUACUACCCAGAACUGCCGCUGAGCACCCCGAUUUCUCCUCGUCAUCUCGGUUGCCAUCCGACAAGGUCCCUAAACGCUCGGCUGUGCAACGAUCUGCCCAACGCCCUUCCUUCCGUAAACGCCAUCGCCGUGAUUCCCAAUGGCGUCCUCACAAUCUACUACGAAGAAAGACGACAAGGUCGCCGACGCCAAGACAGAGCAGCAGCCGGUUGCGGAACAAAAGCCGGCCGCGCUAGAGGAGGACGACGAGUUCGAGGAUUUCCCGGUCGACGACUGGGCAGCGGAGGACACAGAGGCCGCGAGCGGCGCCGGCGCGAGACAACACCUAUGGGAGGAGUCGUGGGACGAUGACGACACAACCGACGACUUCUCGGCGCAGCUCAAGGAGGAGCUAAAGAAGGUCGAGGCGGCGAAGAAGCGAUGAUUUUGAUACUACAUACGUGGCUCUAUUGCGACUCGGCGGCAGUUCUUAUUGUACCAUCAGGGCAGUCCGCUGUAGCAUAGUGUGGCUAAAAGGACCAGGUUACAGCGUCAAUAUCGAGGAAUCGAAUUCGGAUUCCACGCAUGAAAGCCCAGAGUCUUCAUGAUGACGUAUCUAGCUGGAGACGAGUGGAUUGGGCGUACUGGGGCCUCGUUCGUUGCACAACCAACAAGAAUAACAACGGAUGGUUCCCUUCGGGGGGAUGGUCAUGGACG